CCUUGGCCAGACGUAGUCUCAGAGGAACAGCCGUAUGUUAGCUUCCGAUAUGUUAUAAUGGAAUUCUGCCAUAAUGUCGACUUCUACAGGAACAAUGCCUAGACCGAGUAUUAAGAUUGGGGCAGGAGCAGUGGUGUGUGUGGAAGCAGAGCUGAGAGGAGAUAUUACCAUUGGCCCAAGAACUGUAAUCCACCCCAGAGCCAGGAUCAUAGCAGAAGCAGGACCUAUUGUGAUAGGAGAGAGCAACUUGGUGGAGGACCAAGUAGUUAUCAUUAACAGAAAGCAGCUCGGACAAGAGGGGCCAAUCACCAUGACGAUAGGAGCAAACAAUGUCUUUGAAGUUGGUUCACGAUGUGAGGCAGUACGUGUUGGUAACAAUAAUGUUGUGGAAUCAAAAGCUUUCAUCGGGAGAGACACAGAAAUGAGUAAUGGCUGCGUGAUUGGAGCCUUCUGCAAUAUCACCAGCCAUGAAAGGCUUCCAGAGCACACCGUUAUCUUUGGGGAUGAGUGCAGAAGGAGAUUACAAGCCGAUAAACCCCAGGCUCAGACGCUUCAGCUAGACUUCCUGAUGAAGAUUCUGCCCAACUACCAUCAUCUCAAGAAGUCCACCAAGACCAAAUCAGUAGAGAAGUCUUGAGACUAGGACAGGGAAGAGCUAAGACCAACAUGUACAUGUAGACAGUGUAGUCCUGAGACCAUAGACCUACGCAGUGUGGGUGUGAGACCAUGUCAAAGACCUGUGCAGUGUAGGCUGUGGACAACGACCUAUGCAGUGCAGGCCUUAGACCAAUAUCUACAUGUAUGCGAUGUAAGUACCAGUCCAUGUACCUAUGUAGUGCAGGCCUGAGACUGUAGACCUAUACCAUGUACAUCUAGACCAGACCCAUGCAGUGUAGGUCUUGGGCUAAAGACCUAUGCUGUGAAGGCCUGAGACUAAAAAAAAACUUAUGUCAUGUAUAAGCUUGCCAGUUCCACACUUUGUUACAGGCUUAUGUGAGGAAAUUUCCUUGCUAUGUACAUAAAAUAUGGUUUGCUGCUCAAGAGACUGGUAUUCAUUUUAAAUUCCAUAGGUAUGAAUAUUUUUUCUUUCCUUUCUAUUUUGCUGAAAUGAAAGAAGAUUCUGUAACUUUCCUUCUAUUGUGAUUAUAAUAACUUUUUAUUCUCUUUUAAUUCUUGAUUUUGCUCCUGAAAUCUAAUGAUACCCUAUAUUUUAUUGGGUGUGUUGAUAAGAUAAUUUACCAAGUUUAGUACAAUGAAUAAAUCUUGUACACUGUAUGUUUGUUUUUAUAAAGUAUAUAAAGGAGCAUAAUGGGGGGGGGGGCAACUUUUCAUUUGAAAUACCAACAAUUUGCACUCUGUACACAAUGUUAUAGGUCUAAAUAUUUGUCAGAUAUUUUUAUUUGUCAUCAUUAUUGCUCUCACUAUAAAUGUUGUGCAAUAUUAUCUAACUCCUGUAGAGUAUAUGGAAAGUAAAAUAGAAUGGAAAAGAUAAAGUUUAUUGAAGCAAGAAUACUAUUCCAAUAUCUGUUUUAGCUCUGUAUUUAAAUAGAAGUGAAUAUGUGUUUUAUUUUAGGGUGAAAGCCGAAAGGGCAUUAACUUUGUGCUAAUGUGAACACCCUAACGGCUAUGACCAGACAGACUAUGUUCCCUCAAAAGGAAAUGAUAGUUGAUCAUAAAACUUAUAUGUGUAGAGCAGUACAUCUACAUUAAGAGUCAAAAAAUAUUUUUCAGUCGACUUAGGUGUAAAAAGUAUUGAAAACUCAAUUAUUGUGUAGUUAGUGAGUUUAGGAAGGCUAUGUUAUGACAAGAAAAUUCAGAUUUCAAUGUAGUUCAUUGUAUCGAGAGUACAUUGCUCUUGCUUAUUUUGUGUACAAAACUUGUAGAGCAGUAAGAAUAGAAAACACAAAUGGAUGUAUCAUAUAAUAAAGUAAUCUAUUAACCUGA